AGAAAACAAGAAUAAAGAAAAGGGAAAGAAGUUUAAUCACAUGAACUUUGCACUUUUGCUGACCCAGAUCAAGAGACGUUGCUAUCAAAUUCACACCCUAGAAAAACAUCGUGCCUAAACCUAAUCUUUCUUUUGAAUUUGAUAUCAACCCUUACAACACCUAUCCAACUCACACCUUCUUCCUCUUUUUUGAUUUUCCCCCAUUAUUAGUUAUAUAGAGUUAGUACCUUCAUGCCAUCUGUAUCAUUUCAUGACGCAUUUCGUCGAAUAUAUGGUAAGCAUCUUUUUUUAGGGCUGAAAAUGACGGUAAAUCAAAAAUUAUAGAUUUGAUGAAGCUUUUUCUGAUAUGUCUCCGGCGUUGUUAGACACCGGUGCAUCAAAUUUUGAAGCUUUGAACCAAAAUAAAGGUCAGAUUUUUGAUCCUUCAUCCAUUUCUUUGCUGGGUUUUUCUGGGUUAAUUUCAAAGGAUCAAAUUGAUACAACUUCGAUAUCUAACAUGAAUUCACACGGGCAAUCCGGGUUUUUGAGUUCAAGUGAUUUAAAUGCAAAAUUUGAGUUUAGUACCCCAUCAACAUCAAAACUGGGUGUUGAAAAUCCCUCAUUUAGUUCAAUUUCUAGUCUUACUAGACCAAGAAUGACAAAGUCUAGGAAAUCUCAGAAUCCCAGGUCAUUAGGGAGCUCAGAAACCCGGAAAAUCGAUCCGGGUUUUAAUCCGUUUCGCCCUGUUUCGAAUAAUUUGACAGGAAGGGUUUCAUCUAGGUUAAGUGAGGAUGGUAAUGAUGAUAAUGAUGUUGUAUUAAAUAAUAGUAGUAAGCAUUUGAAUUCGAAGGUUACUAGUAAGGUUGAUAAAGUAGGGAAUACACUAAUUGAUGAAAUAAGGAAAAUGAGAAUUGAGGACCAAAUUCAUAGUAAUCCAAGUGGCAAUAAUUUUUGUAAUACUAAUUUGCCAUCUGAGCUUCAUGAUAAGAUAAAAAUGUUGAACCUUGGAGGUUCGGUUGGCGAGGAUUCGAAGGAUUCGGGUGCUGCUUUUGACAAUGUUGGUACCUCAUUAGCAUCUGAACUUCCUAAUGGUUUGGAGAGAUUAAAAAUUCAAGAUACUGGUGAAGUUGGUAGUAGUUUUGUUUUUGACACUUCUGAUAGUAGUUUUGUGUUUGGAAGCAAUAGGACAAUGAAGGAUUCUAGUGACCCUAUGACAGAAAAUGCACUUCCUAACAUGAUUAAGAACUUGAACAUAACGGAAUCCGACAAUAAUUGUGGCACUCGGAAGGAAAUGAAUGUUAGCAAGGACGAACGAACGUUUAUCCCUUGGAAUAGUUGUAGAACUGAAUCCGGUGUAGUUGAUAGUAUGAUAGUGGAUAAUAUGGAGAAGUUGAAGAUUCGAGAUAACUCACGAGAAUCUAGUGGUCGUGCUGACGUUGAUUGGUCUUCAUCUGUCAGUAAAGAAGUGCCCGAAAGCAUGAAAAAGAAAGAAAGUAGAAUGUCUUAUCCUACGGAAACUAUAAACCCGAUCAGGAAACAGGAUGAAUAUUCAACAGGUCCACAAAUACCUAAUCAACCCUUAUAUAAGGGCUCUGGAGUUUUUGUUGCAUCUGCAUCAAGUUCAUCUUUUGCCUCUGCGGGUCCUCACUUUCAGUCGGUGAGGCAUGACUUUGAAGUGCCUCAUACCGAUGAUGCUCAGAAAAAUGAAGGUUUUGUUUUUGGUUGCAAACAAGAAAGUGUUAAGGUUCCUCAUGUUGAAUUUAGAACACCUGAUUCAAAAGGAAAUCUUUUCACUGGACAAAAACAGCAAAUGGGAUUCGGCACUAAGAAGGGAUUAGUUAAAGAUAUUAAAUCCAAGGGGAGGAAAACAAAAGUAAAAGAACCGAAACCAGUCUUAUUACCCAUUGGAAAAAUUUUAAGAUCAAAUGAAAAUAGCAUACAAGAUGAACCUUCUGAUUCUUAUUCACCAAUGGAUGUUUCUCCGUAUCUUGAAACUGAAGAUGAUGGUAGAGAGCCUCCAUUGACAUCUGAGAAUCAGUCAUCAAUUGAUUCACAUGUUACCGUUCUUAAUGAUGCAAUCGAUGAGGAUCUGAUUAGGGCUACAGAAGACAUGGAUAUUAAUGAAGGAAAUGAUGUGAAUCAUGGUGAAACAAAAGACAAAGUUUCAGAGUGCAGUGACAAUGCAUUUACAGCUAUGGAAAACUCUCCAGUGCAUUGUGUGUCUGCAUCUGAGAAUGCAAGUUUUAUGACUGCAUCAGAGAAUUUUGAUGAGACUGGUGAUAAUGAAGUUGAAUCAAAUGUAGAGGAACAGAGUAGUGAUCAGUUCAGAUAUUUCUCGGCUUCAACUUCUGCUAGCAUUGGAGAAUCUUCCUUCACUUUUGCUGCAUCUUCUUCUGCACAAGGUUUAGCGUCAGCUGCUAUGCGCCAGUUUAAGAAGAAAAAUCGACUGAAAGCUGGCUCGGAUAUCUUUGUCCCACCUAGGACAGCUGUUUUAUCUGAUACUACAUUGUUGCAAUUUUCUCCGAUUUCUAGAGUUUCUGUGCUUCCGUCACAGGUAGUGCAAAACAAUGAUGUAAUAACUUCUCCAUCAAAAGGAGGUAAUAUAAUUACUCCUUCAUCAAGCAUAGCACCGGGAGUGGGAGGUAAUGGUGUGGCAGAUGCAAAGAAAGUUACUUCAUCUCCUACCGCUUUGGCCCGUGCAGCCCAAGAAGCUUGUGAGAAGUGGCGCCUGAGGGGAAAUCAAGCUUAUGCAAAUGGGGAUCUGGAGAAAGCAGAGGAUUAUUAUAGUCAGGGGUUGAGCAGCAUUCCACAACAUGAGACAUCUAGGGACUGCAUCCGAGCUUUGGUUCUUUGCUACAGUAAUCGAGCUGCAGCUCGUAUGUCUCGUGGUAGAAUGAGAGAAGCACUACAAGACUGCCUGGUUGCUGCUGAACUUGAUUCUAACUUUUUCAGAGUUCAACUCAGAGCUGCAAAUUGUUACCUUGCUCUUGGUGAAAUAUGCGAUGCAUCACUAUAUUUCAAGAAGUUAUUGCAGUCAACCGAUAUUUGCGUUGAACGGAAAAUCAUUCUUGAUGCUUCUGAUGGUCUACAAAAGGCUCAGAAAGUGUAUGAUUCCAUGGAUCGUUCUGCUGGAUUAUUGUCACAAAAAACAUAUGCUGAUGCCGAGAGUGCUCUGGGAUUGAUUGCUGAAGCUCUAGUUAUAAGCCCGUAUUCUGAAAAGAUGCUAGAAAGUAAAGCAGAAGCACUUUUCAUGUUGCGGAGGUAUGAAGAGGUGAUACAGCUGUGUGCUCAGACUAUGGAAGCUGCUGAAAAGAAUUCUCCUUCACUGGUCGUUGAUGGACAGUCAUCAGAUUUGGAGGCUUCUGAGCUUUUGAAGUGUUAUUCUUUCCGGCUUUGGCGCUAUUCUUUUAUUUUUAAAUCAAAUUUUUAUCUUGGAAAACUAGAAGAAGCUAUUGAUUAUUUGGAGAAGCAAGAGUUCUGGAAGUCUAUGGUGGAUAAGUUUGGAAAGGAGACUCUCGAGUCAUUAAUACCUCUACUUUCCAUUGCUUGUCAGCUGAUAAAUCAUAAGUCUACAGGAAAUGCAGCCUUUCAAGCAGGAAAACAUAAGGAAGCUGUUGAACAUUAUACCGCUGCUUUGUCAUUCAAUGUGGAGUCCCGUCCUUUCAGUGCAGUGUGUUUUGCCAAUCGUGCUGCAGCUUACCAAGCAUUAGGACAGAUCACUGAUGCAAUUGCAGACUGCAGUUUGGCUAUAGCAUUGGAUGUGCAUUACAUGAAGGCAAUAUCAAGAAGAGCCACCUUAUUUGAGAUGAUUAGAGAUUAUGAACUGGCAGCCAAAGAUCUUGAGAGGCUUGUGUCUCUUCUAACCAAGCAGGCAGAGGAAAAGCACAAUCAUUCAGGAACAUAUUUGUCAAAGGGUUCUGUUACUGAUCUAAGACAAGCUCAACAACGACUCUAUCAGAUGGAAGAACAAGCUAGGAGAGGGAUACCUCUAAAUUUCUACCUCAUUUUGGGAGUGGAGUCAUCUGUUACAGCUGCAGAGCUGAAGAAAGCUUAUCGUAAAGCUGCUCUGAGGCAUCACCCUGAUAAGGCUGGUCAGUCAUUGGCAAGAGCUGAGAGCGGAGAUGAUGGUCUCUGGAAGGAAAUAGCGGAGGGUGUUUAUAUGGAUGCUGACAAACUUUUCAAGAUGAUUGGCGAGGCAUAUGCAGUUCUUUCUGAUCCAGAUAAGCGCUCUCAAUAUGAUAUUGAAGAAGAGACUAGGACUGGCCAAAGAAAAACUAGUACUAGUGCUUCAAGAACGCACGCAGAAACUUCAUUUAACGCUGCAGAAAGAAGUAGUAGUGGACGACAAUGGCGAGAGAUGUGGAGAUCUUCUGCCAACCCAUAUUCUCGAGGGUUUGAGCCUACUCGACCUGGCAAGUACUAUUGAAGUAUUGAUAGGACAGCAAGAUCAACCUUUGUACGAAUAGAUUAACGGAAGCUGCAUCGUGAUUCAUUCAUUACUAAAAACCAGAAGAGACAUAAGAUAUUCUCGGUUAAACACAGUUCUACCAGGACAUGGACGCGAUUUAGAUGGCAUUACAUCUGAUUUUUGGCGACUAAGCAAAAGCCGAAGGUUCCUUGUUUUUUCUCGAGUACAUAGCUAAUGAAAAAAGAAACAACUUUUCUUAAUUUUCUUCCAAUCUUUUUGGAAUACUUACUAGAUUUACCCCUUAUUGUUUCCCAUUUUUUCUUUUUGCUUGAGCGUUACAGGGAAGACUCAGGAGAGGGAGGGGGAGUCUGUACGUUGUUUGCGAGUUGUUUUCUUUUUUUCUUCCUCGCCUUUCGGUUUUGUAUUUGUAAAUACAUGCAACUUGUACAGCAUAAAUUUUUUUUGAUUGAAAUCAAAUUACGAUAUCGUUUGUGUUUGCAUACAAACUGUGACAAUCCUUCUCCAAAUCUUCAUGAACACCAUUAAAGAUUAUCUAUUGAAGCUCAUAUCAUCAAAGGAGGAAACAAUCCAAAAUUCCAAAUUGUAAAUUUCUCGUUUUGCUUUGUAUAUCUCAAUGAUCGAUUUCAUGAACGCUAAAUAUAUAUAAUCGAUUCAAGAAAGUAUCAUGAAAAUCA